AUGAAUUUCCGGGCACAACUUAAUGAUGAAGCUUUACUGGUAGUGGAACGUGCUUGGGACCGAAAAUUGUCGCUGAGUGAGAAAUUAUCUGGUGAAAUAACGCGGAAAGAUUUGCUGACAUUGAAAGGGCUUGAUUGGCUCAACGAUGAAGUGAUCAAUUUUUAUAUGAAUCUCAUCUGCGAACGCUCACAGAAUGAUGAAAGUUUACCGAAGGUAUAUGCGUUCAGUUCAUUCUUUUAUUCCACACUGAGCAGUAAAGGAUAUGCAUCUGUUAAACGUUGGACACGCAAAACUGAUAUAUUUGCUUACGAGCUGUUAUUGAUUCCUGUUCAUUUGGGUGCCCAUUGGUGUCUUACUGUUAUUGAUUUUAAAAAUAGGGUAAUUGAUUAUUAUGACUCAAUGGGUGGUAGCAAUGAUCACUGCUUGGAUAUAUUGAGCGAAUAUCUUUGUGAGGAAUCUGUAGACAAAAGGAAAAAAGAAUUCGAUCUUAGUGGAUGGCAACUUGUGAAUCGUGAAGAUAUUCCGCAACAAAUGAAUGGUAGUGACUGUGGAAUGUUUGCAUGUAAAUUUGCAGAAUAUGCAGCACGGCGUGCUCAGAUCUCUUUCAGUCAGGACCAUAUGCCAUAUUUUCGUGAGCGCAUGGUCUACGAAAUAUGUCAAAAAAAGCUUUUGUAG